AUGGAGGCAUCAAUGAAUAACUCUCCAUCAGUGACGGACUUGUAUGAGAUGGGUAUGAGUACACCCCCCAGCUAUGUAUUCCAGCGGACAAAGAGAAGCAUAGAUGGAAUUGAUGACUCGAUAAUUAAACAGCUUGAGGAGUUUAAAGAAGAGAUAAGAAAAAUGUUGUGUCACUACUCAGAAAAACAAGAAAAAGAGAUGCAAUAUAUGACCACUACUUUAAAAGAAAUCCAACAGUCUAAUAUUUCUAUUGAGAACUCGAUCGCAUAUCUUACGGCUCAAAAUCAAGAACUUAAAGCAAAAGUAUAUCAACUAGAAAAUCAGUCCAAAGAAGAGAAAAAGUACAUCAAAUUAUUAGAAGAUAAAAUUGAAACGAUUCAGAUGAGUAACCAAAAGCGCAACUUUGUUAUCAAGAACGUGCCUAAAAGAACCAAUGAGACCAAAGAAGACCUAAUUGAAAUGACUCUGUGUCUCGCUAAGAACAUUGACUGUCCGAUCACCAAACAUGACAUAAAAGACAUAUAUAGGGCUCAUGGCAAACUUAAUACACCGAUAAUUGUGGAAACUGGUUCGACACUAAUCCAGAAAGAGCCAGGCUUAGUCCGCAAGUACCGCUACCCGCUGGAGGUGCACAGCGUGGUGACGGCGGACGGCUACCUGCUGACGGCGCACCGCAUCCCGCACGGCCGCGACGCGCACGCCGCGCCCGGCCCGCGCCCCGCCGCGCUGCUCGUGCACGGCCUCAUGUGCUCCUCCGCCGACUUCCUCGUCCUCGGGCCCGGCAACGCACUCGCAUACCUACUUGCGGAGGAAGGCUACGAUGUGUGGCUUGCCAACGCGCGAGGCAAUUAUUACUCCCGACGUCACCUUUUCCUCGAUCCUGACGACCGCGAAGGACUAGAUUUCUGGAAGUUCAGCUGGGAUGAAAUAGGCAACCGAGACCUACCCGCUGUUGUAAACUAUAUCACGCGAAAGACUGGCCAAGAGAAAAUGCACUAUAUUGGAUACUCCCAGGGUACCACUGCUUUCUUAGUGUUAACCUCCUUGCGACCUGAAUUCAACGAUAGGUUCAUAUCUUUUCAAGCUCUCGCUCCGGCCGCAUAUGUAGAACACAACGAAAAUAAAUGGAGAAACAUUAUGGUUCAAUUUGAGCGUGUUCUUGAGACCAUUGCCUUUGACCGAGGUUUUGGAGAGGUGAUGGGUUCAUAUGAGUUGUUCACCAACCUUGGAUUGACCUUUUGCCGAGACAACUCUCUUCUUCAGCCGCUUUGCGUCGCCGCCAUAAUGGGCCGCGGGGAAAUUGAGAAUUUUAAUACUACAAUGUUACCAGUGUUCAUUGGACAUAACCCUGCGGGUGCAGCGCUGCGUCAAAUCAUUCACUAUAGUCAAGUACAGCGCUUUAAGCGCUUCGCCCGCUACAAUCAUGGCAGCCCCCUCGCAAAUCUAGCCGCAUACGGCAGCAUCACGCCACCAGAAUACGACCUGUCAAAGGUCACGGUCCCAUCGUACAUCCACUAUGGAGUCAAUGAUACGCAAGCUGAUUACAGGGACGUGCUCUUCUUGGCCCAAAGACUCAGAAACACUGCCGGUGUCUAUCCAAUCCCAAGACAGUCCUUCAAUCACUUCGAUUUCAUAUGGGGAGGAGAUGUGAAGACGCAGCUUUACGACAACCUAAUUAAUUUAUUGAAGGAAGCCGAAAGAGCACAACCC